UUAAGCUGAACGUUAUACAACAAACUCAUAGUUCUUUAUAGAAAACAAAGUUCGUGAACGCAACUGUAACGUUACGUCAAAACAAGUCACGCGCUACAUACGUUACCGUUAGAGUACCGUAAAGUUAUUUUAGCUCACGUUUUAGCUCGCGCUGUUAAACCGCAACGGCUAACGUCUUCGCUUGUUUCACAAGUUGGAUGUUUAGCUAAAUUCGUUCCCAAAAUAAACUCAUCUAGCGUUAGUUAAAUCGCAGGGAUUUAAAAUAUACCAGCUUUUCUCUUCGUUUGAUUAGUUUUAGACUGGUUUUGUUAACGGUGAACGUUAUCGAAGUUGCAAACUGAUUUAACUCCAGGUAUUUGCGUGGCUGCUAAGCUAACAGAUGUAUCGAUAAACUCAUCAUAUGGCCAAAGUUUAGAACAUUAUGGAAGUAAUUUGGUACAUGUUAUGUUGUAUGGAUAUUGUACUGUAGCUAUCAACACUAUCGGAUGGUUAGGGAAUGUAGGCUAUUGGCUUAUUGUUUAUCUGAAGUGGUAACAUAAAGCUAUUGUUUCGACCCGACAUCGUCCCAUCGCCCGGUUUCGUAGUUUCCCCCCCAAGUUAAACGUCACAUCCAUAGACUAAUGCUCCUCCGUCAGUCAAUACUGUACGGCCUGUAGACUUUACUGUAAACAGCUGACCUGAGCGCCGAAUUGUUUUUAAAAACAUAAUGUUGCAUUGGGGAAUUUUUUGGGAAAUGCAUCAAGGGAAGUAUACAAUCUCCUAAUGAAUUACCUAGAAGCAACAGGAAUAUUAGAGAAAAUGUAGUUGUUUCCCCCUGUCACACUCCAGUCCAGUAGGUGGCGGUAAUGCGCCUCUAAGCUGGCUUGCCAACCGCCAACAAUCGCCGAAGAAGAACUGUUUGUUGUGGAAAAGUGAUACAAGUCUAGUUCUGUUUUUACGCAUUCAGAGAGAGAGUCCGAUCUGCGAGUUUAACUGGUGUUUGAAUUAACUGCUAUCACGUUUUUUGGUCGAUUAUAAACGGAACGGUUUACUAGAAAAUGAGUUGCACGUGGUUGUGAUGCUGAGGAUGCUUAGCGAGGACAAGCGUGAAUGACAAAGUCUGUCCCUUUAGAAGAUAGACAUGGAAGUGGCAGUGAAUGUAUAUUCGUUGAACCCUGAACAACCGAUCUGUCACGAGCUACUGGCUUGGCUCAAUGAAACUUUACAGACAAGCUUCACUGAGGUGGAGCAGAUAUGCACAGGUGCAGCCUAUUGCCAGAUGAUGGACUGGUUGUUUCCCAAGUCCAUGGACCUCUCCAGGGUCCAAUUCCAGAGCAACAACGCGAUGGACACGAUCCACAACUACAGUUUACUGCAUGCUGCAUUCAGAAAAGUUGGAGUUGUGCGAUGCAUCCCCACCGGGCCCCUGAUAAAGAAGGACACCGCAGUGGCUCUGACCUUCCUGCACUGGUUUAAGACAUUCUUUGACAGGAACAUCAACCGGGACAGGAAGUACAAUCCCUUGGAGGCCAGAGGUGGACGGAGUAUGGUUCCUGACUCGGAUGAUCAUUCCUCCCAGGCCCCUCCUCAGAAACAGCAGAUUAGUGUGAAGGCGGAUGAUAACACAGCAGAAGAACCAACAACAGAAAAACCCACAGAACAUUUGAACAAGAAUGCAGAUUUGAUAGUAUUGAUAUCUGAUGAUGACGAUGAUGUGACAGUGGAGCUGGAAACAAAGAAAAUGGAGACGACGGUGGAAGAAGAACCACAGGAGAAAAAGGGUGAACUAGCAGCAGCAGCGGACAAAAUAAAUGAAGGUAGCACUGAUACUUUGUCAUGUUUCAUCAGAAGAUACUGUAGUGACAAUGGACACACACACUUAAAUACAAGUACAGACACUCAGGUUUCUGGCCCUUCAGUUUCUGCCAUCUUGGGUCCAAUCCACCCCACUGACAUCCUUGUGGCGUGCUCUCUCACACCGUUCUGCCUCUACCUGUAUGUGGGCGUGGAGCUGGACGGAGUGCAGAACAUGAGUGUCAUCCUGGUCGGCUACUUUGACCAGAGCUCAGGGGUCAGUGUAGUGAGGCCGCUGCUCAUACUGCAGAUGAGUGUCGAUGCUGUUGACCCACAAACCUUAGCGCACACGGACACCGACACUAUCGCAUCCACUGCAGAUGCUGAUGCAUGCCUGCUGAUUGAGACGCUGAAGAAAAGUGGCCUUCUUCUGUCCAAAGUUGUUGCGUUUUACUGUAACGCUCCACACCCCGCGGUGAGUCGGGUGUUUGUUUCCAUGCUCCAGGCUUACAACCCGAAGUUAGUAUCACUCUGUGGCCUCCCCGGCAUGGCAGCAAGAGCCUGCCAGGCCGGACUCUUGGCUUCCUUUAGUUCCGUGGUUGACCUGGUUAGAGACAUCCACUAUCACUACCACACCAACCCACCUGUUAGUGGCAGUCUGAAAGGGCUAUUUUCUGAGCGUUAUGACCCAUCCCAGCCGAUCUCUGCGCAGUGUUUGUUUAUCAUACAAGCUGUGCAGGGGAUUGUAUGCAGCUGGAGGCCUUUAGUGGAGUAUUUUAAGUCGCUGCAUCAAGUGGAGGAUGCUGACCGGAUCAGAACCCAGCUGCUGGAUCAUGAAGUGAAACUUCGCUUCAUUUUCCUCUCCCACAUGUUGGAGCCCCUCCAAGCUCUCCAACAAUUGCAGCAAAGCGGCACUGCUGUGGCCGCGGAGCUCCAGCUGACCGCCACGCUGGUUCACUCCUACGCAUCCAAUGUCCUCCAGCCCAUUACCGCCCAGCACUUUUUCAGGAAGCGAGACCUGAGUGUCUUCCAAAAGUGGACGGAGCUGCUCCCGAUAACGGAGGUGCACGUAGGUGCUCGUGCCAGAGAAUUCCUGUGGGCCACCGCUGUCGUAGAUCUGGGAGAAAAGGAGAGGUGGGACUUCAUGAAGGACGCCGCGGCUUUCUAUAAAGCAGCACUCAAGUGCUUAGCGGAGAGUCUUCCUGAGAAUCUUGGAGAAAUUGCACUGACGAAUAUCAACACGGUGCUGAAACAUUCUGAAAAUAUCAGCGGUAAUAGAUUGUCCAGUUAUGUGCUGUCAGAGUUGGGCACUGAGCUGGCUCUGUUUAAAUAUGGGCUCUCAGAGACGCAUCAACUGGCAGAGGACUACCGCAAAUUCAUCAAGACGGUGAAAGUGGAGCAUUGCUGGGCAAAGAUGUUGAAUGCCACCAGACCGUACUCUGCUCUGCGUCGACUCCUCCUGACCGCCCUGGCCCUGCCAAGCUCUCUGGACAGGACGCAGGUGUUUGCUAAAGUGUUCAACAAGGCUCUUCCUCCCGCUAAGGAAACCCCCAAAGCCUCACCUCAACUAUGCAGUUUGGCAGAAAUUCCCUGCAUCAGUAAACUAAGGCAAUUUGUCCAGGCCAGUAAUGGUGACAAGAAGGACAAAGAGACUUCAUCAGAGGAUGAUGACAGGGUUGAGGCCAGACCCGGCCUCCAUCUUCUUUCCAAAUGCUCCAGCAGUAUGGAGGACUCCGACUGUACAGACAAUUCCUCUGAUGUGGUUGAUGUCACAGAAGACUCCAAAAUAAGUCAGAGCAGAAGACUACUACAAACAGAAAGUGAAAGAACUCCACAGUCUGCAUUCGUUGAGAUCUGUGAUGAUGACGACGACCGCUGCGUGAUUUCAACAAGCAGACCACCAAACUCUGUAGACUUGCUGGAUGUGAUGGGGGAGCUGGUCUGGGGUCAAGUGGAGGGUUUCUCUCCCUGGCCAGCCGUCAUCAUACCCUGCAGGGAAGGGAUUCAACUUCCAGAGUGUAGGAUGGUGGAGUGGUACGGACAAAACAUGUCCUCUCAGGUCAGUUUACAGGAUCUGAAACCAUUCGCUGCCUUCACCCAGCACUUCUGUACCAACUCCUUCGCCAUCCUCGUCACCUACCGAGAAGCCCUCUUCUUGUCUCUGCAGGAGGCAGCUCUACGUUGUAAGAAGGAUUUUUCUGAAUGCGUUGGGGACCGAGAUGAGCUGCUGAAACAGAUGUUGGACUGGGCUUUUGGAGGAUUUCAACCAACAGGACCAGACGAACUCAAACCAACAGCUGCCACAAAUGAUGUUACUAAAACGAACAGACCAAAGGUGAAGCUGAAAUCUUUCCUGAAGCCCAACUCCUAUCGUCCUCCCCUCGGCUCCUCCAGCCCAACGAGCAGAAACGGCAACACUGUCGACACGGAGCCGGAGGAACAGUCGACCUCCAUUAGCAAACUGUCACGCAACUCCACAGAGAAGUUGUCUCACCGGGGUGGAGAUGGAAAAAGUGCAUUAGAGGACGGAUUUGAUUCUGCGAAAAAAAGCACUAAAGGAGUCAUGAAGGAGAAGCAAUCCAGGGGAGAGAUGGGGAAACAAGCGAAGAGAGGGUGGGAGGGAGAGCGAGAGAACUGGGGAACACGGUGGGAGAAGGUGAAAGGGAAGGUUAAGGGAGGGAAGGCUCAGAAGAAGAAAAUCGGUCCGUUUGAUGGAUCUGAUAACGACAUGUCACCUGACUUUGUGCCGAACAAGAAGAGGACCAUCGCCAAAUCUUACAAUAAGGUCAACCAGCCGACCAGCAAUUACACCCAGCCGGACCAGAAACUCAGAGAGGUUACCGUCCGUAGAAUCGUGAACAUGAAGCUGGACAUCGACGGCUUCUGUUUGUGUUGUGGAACCGAAGACGUUGAGAUAUUCCACCCUCUGUUUAAAGGCAGCCUCUGCACCGAGUGUAAAGAUAACUUAACAGAAACUCUGUAUCGUUACGAUGAUGAUGGAUAUCAGUCCUAUUGUACCAUCUGCUGCUAUGGACUGGAGGUCAUAAUGUGUGGCAAUGACAGUUGCUGCAGAUCUUAUUGCACAGACUGUCUGAGCAUCCUUGUUGGUCCGAGGACGUUUGAGUCAUUGAAGCUUCUGGACCCGUGGAUCUGCUACUUGUGUCAGCCUCAUCGACCCCACCGUGCUCUGAUUCCCAGAGAGGACUGGAGCAUUCGUGUUCAGGAGUUAUUCGCCAACAACAGUGCCAUGGAGUUUGAGCCUCACCGUGUUUACCCGUCUAUUCCUGCAAACCUGCGCAGACCGGUCCGAGUUCUCUCACUGUUCGAUGGCAUAGCAACUGGCUACCUGGUGCUGAAGGAUCUCGGCUUCAAAGUAGAGAAGUAUGUCGCCUCGGAGGUCUGCGAAGAUUCGCUUGCCGUGUCGGCCGUCAACCACGAUGGGAAGGUCAUCGACAUUGGUGACGCCCGGUUCAUCACCCAGGAACAUAUCGAUCAGUGGGGUCCGUUUGAUUUGCUGAUCGGUGGCAGCCCCUGUAACGACCUCUCUAUCGUCAACCCAGUCAGAAAAGGCAUUUAUGAGGGCACUGGCAGGCUGUUCUUUGAUUACUACCGCAUCCUUCAGCUGCUGAAGCCCAAAGAUGAAGACCCCAGGCCGUUCUUCUGGCUGUUUGAGAACGUGGUCUGCAUGAACACGCAUGACAAAGUCAACAUCUGCCGCUUCCUCGAGUGCAACCCUGUGCUGGUGAAUGCAGUCAAAGUCAGCCCUGCUCACAGAGCGCGUUGCUUCUGGGGAAACAUCCCGGGGAUGAGCAGGCCCAUUACAGCGUCCCAGAACGACAAGCUGAAUCUCCAGGACUGUUUGGAGAUCGGUAGAGAAGCCAGGGUCUCUAAGGUGAGGACGAUCACCACCAAUUCAAACUCUCUGAGGCAGGGCAAAGGGGACUCUUCUCUGCUGCCUGUCCUCCACAACGGCAAAGAGGACAUCCUCUGGAUCACUGAGCUAGAAAAGAUUUUUGGGUUCCCCAAACAUUAUACCGACGUGAGAAACAUGAACCGGCAGCAGAGGCAGAAGGUGCUGGGGAAGGCCUGGAGCGUGCCGGUCAUCCGUCACCUCUUUGCGCCCCUGAAGGACUAUUUUGCCUGUGAGGAGCUGCUUCCUUUGACCACCUCCAACCCUGCACCCUCUCCGCCCUCGCCUGCAUCUCCGGAACUGCAGCAGCUGAGAUAGAGGGGAGUUUGGCAAUGUUUUGUAUAUUAUUGUGUGUUUGUGUGGAGGUUUUUUUCCCCCCACCACAUGUAAACACAUGUGAAGUCGGUGGAGCAUUAAUGAACUAUGCAGUCCCUCUACUACUUUAAGCUCACAGACAGGCUUGUGUGGAUCACUGCCACAGGGACAGAAUGGCUAAACACCUGAGUCUCUUGCAUCUGGUCACACAUGCAGUUUGUGUGCACAGCCAACAGUCACUUUGGCUUCCAACGCUGCUGAAAAUGACAGAUCCUGCUCCCUCCAGCUCGUGCCUCUGUUCAUUUUCCUCCCAAACCUCUCCACCUACUGGAGUUUUAAAGACACUGUCAUUGUUUACACUUUCAUCUGGUAUUUCUGUGCAGGAGGAGUUGAGGUCUAUCACUGUCAACAAUGGUGCUGUCUGCCUAUGAAAUACCAUCACGAGCAUAAAUGUACUCAUCUAAAUUAUUUGUUUGUAUCGUCAGUAUUUACCAUGAAUAUUGAUCACAUAUCCUCAGCUCAUACAUGCUUCCACAUACGGCAUAAACGCUUGAGCUUUUUAUACAUUUUUUUUAAAUGGAUGACCGCCUCUACAUUUGAAUUAUAAAUUAAUUAUAAUUUAAAAGUGUGAAUCAUGUUCAACUGAGAGCUGCCUCACAACUUUACUGUGAUAUUUGAAUGAUGUUUGUUGUUUCCAGCUGAAAAGCAGAACUGUGUGUGUGUGUGUGUGUGUGUGUGAGAGAGAGAGAGAGAGACUCGCUGCCACUUUUACACGAACAAAACUGAUGGACGGAAGAGCCGUUAUGCUGCUGUGGUGCUAAUACAAUAACAAAGAAGCCACACUGAUGAUUACAGGUAGCUGCUGCCUACAAAUAGUCAUCUGUAUCAUGUUUAACUUGAAUGUUAUGUCAUAAACGGAGACACAAAACCUCAUUUUACCCAAAGUUGAUCAUUCUGUGUUUUCACGCCAAAGAAGAUCCGGCCGACAAAUUAUCUUUUUCUUUUUCUUCUACAGGCAUCUUAUUUGUUGUUAAAAAGUAGUGUUAGGUUUUUUUUUCUUUGUCAGGGGAACUGAAAUAGUUUCAACAGAAUCCUUAUGUAUGUAUGUAUGUAUGUAUAGAAUACUAAUAGAGUGCUGAGAUCUAUUUUCAUUGAUAAUUGCAUCAUGAAUGUGGGUUUUUGAGAACUUUUCUUUUCAGUGAAGGGUGUAAGUGAGCUGUACAGUAUGUUUGCACAUAAGACCAGGAGGAUGGAUUCAGAGGUAUGAAGGUGUGAAUCUUCAAUAUGUAACGGUCCAUAUCAUCUCUGUACCAGAUACAGUUUUUUAAUGUUUGAGGGACACACUGUGUUUUUUAACAAGUAAAUGUGAAUGAAAAUAAGUGUGAAUCAA